AUGCAAAAGAGUAUGGAAAUUUUAGAGGUGAAAGAACGAGAUCAGAUUAAGACGUGCUUUAAUGCUUUUAAAGAACUUCGCCCACAUUUAAAAGAUUCUACGUCUUUCGUAGAUCAGGUCAUCGAACAGCAAAAGCAGGGUUAUACAAUUGCUGCUAUAUUUGAUAAUAGCGAAUCUUCAUCAGCUGCAGCUUGUAUAGGGUAUCGUGAGAUAACUACCUUAGCCUGGGGAAGAUGUAUUUACAUUGAUGAUUUUACUACGCAUUCCGUGCAUCGAAGGAAAGGGUAUGGGAAUGCUCUGCUCAAGUACGUCAUCGACAUUGCGAAACGAAAUGGAUAUGACAUGAUUCACCUGGAUACUGGAUAUGGUAGACAUGAUGCACAUCGCGUUUACCUCCGUAAUGAUUUUCAGUUCAAAAGUCAUCAUCUCAGUCUAACUUGUGAAUAA